UGAACAUUCACUUACCAAUUGACUUGACUUCCCUUUGUGUGUACCUGCGAGAUACGUUACACGUGGGACGGCAUUUUGUUGAUGUUUGUACAAGAAAGAAAAGGCUGGAAACCAACAGCAUGUUGAUAGAGCCCGCAGCCGAUAACGAACUGUAAAUUUGGAUCAUGAAGGGCAAUCAAACCCCACGACAUGACUUGGAGUCCUCUGUCGAGUACUUUCGUGAUGACAGCCCAUUGGAUCGACGAUACGACAAUCUAGCGGACGGGCUUGAGCCUCUGGAUAACAAUGUUUCAGUACCAAGACGACGGGCCUUGCACUUCAAAGGCUUGGGAGCAUCGAAGUUGCCCCAUCUUCGGAUUAUUCAGUUUCGAAGAAAGCUUCGGAGAGCCUUCUGCCUGUUAAUUAUUGGCUAUCUCUCCAUGACUGGUUUAUUCCAUAUCCUGGGAGGUACCUUGCAUCAUUACUUCCCGGACGAAAUGGACCUGAUCGUUCACCCAUGGCUGGACGCCGCCGCAGCAACAAUCGGCGUUGGGCACUGGUUAUCCGACUCAACAAUGGCCACACAGCCUGUGCGUUGCCAUUCACAUAACGACUAUUUGAGAAACGUACCCCUUCUCGAUGCCAUUUCUGCGGGCUGUCCAAGUGUUGAAGCCGACGUAUGGAAUGAAGAUGAUGACCUAUAUGUGGCCCAUCGUCAUUUCCAGCUAGAGGCCAACCAUACGCUAGAGAGCUUGUAUCUCAACCCACUACUCGGUAUUUUAGACCGCCAAAGAGACACCUUCACAUGUGGACAAGAGGUGCCUUGUCAUUCCCCCUCGAAUGUGGAUGGGCCUCUCGCUGGAGUUUUCGAAGCUGAUCCGGAUCGGCCGCUGGUCAUCCUCAUCGAUUUCAAGACAGAAGGUAACGCUACCUGGGAGAAACUUGAAGGACAACUCGAGCCGCUUCGACGCAGAAAGUUGCUCACGCAUUUCAACGGUACAGCUAUUGUACCUGGCCCCGUAGUGAUUGUUGGCACGGGAUAUACACCGUUUGAUAAGAUAACAGCAAACAACACCUACCGUGAUGUCUUUUAUGAUGCGCCAUUGGAUCUAUUAGCUGAUACGUCUCAAAUCUGGCCAAAUCCAAACAGAGCCCAAGUUCAAAACGCUCAACUACCAGAUAAGUGUAUCGAGCAAAAGGUAUUGCCGAGUAGCAUUGAACGAAGACACCUAAAGCCAGAAGGAAGCAAGAUCUCGGAGAAAUACAACUCUCACAACAGCUACUAUGCUUCUGCUCAUUUCAAAAAAGCAGUUGGGCACGUUUGGGGUUCGCGAUUGUCGCAGGAGCAGCUGCAGCGCAUUCGGGCCCAGAUUCAUGGGGCUCAUCGAUUGGGUCUGAAGGCCAGAUAUUUCAGUGUGCCAGCAUGGCCUAUUGGGCUGAGGAAUCACAUUUGGCAUAUUCUAACACGCGAGGGCGUGGAUGUACUCAGUGUUGAUGACUUACGACAGGCAACUACAUGGGAUUGGAGGAAGAAGAAGGGUCUAUUCUUUUAGCCCUUUUCGUAUGUACAUUUAGUCAAUAUCAAGAGCCGUCUCUUCAGUG